CCGAAAUAAAGUUAAAAAAAAUCCAAAAAAAGUUUUCCAUGAAAAUUUAGAACAAAAAAAAGUUAAAACUUAAAAUCCACCUCCGCUUGACUUUGCAGAGCAAGUUGAAAUAUUAAGCAUCCGAAACAUCAUAACUAUCAGCUCAAAUAAUCAACGUAACAACGAAACCGCAGCAACAUGGAGUCCGAGGAAAUAACAAAAAUGGUCGAUGGGGUGUAUAAGAACAUCUUGGAGAAAUUCAACCCCGGAGCUCGACAAUUAAUCACUGCCGGCAAAGGUUAUCUAAAGUCAUUACAUGGUGCUGCAACAUCAGCGCGCGUAUUCAAUGAAGCUUUAGCCAAGAUUGCCAUGAAUGCUCAACACAGUGGAACUGGAGAUAUAGGUGCGGCUCUACUCAGUGUUGUCAGUGUCUACAAAGAAAUCCAAGAACAACAAAUGAACAUUCUCAAAGCCUUUUAUGUGGAUCUAUUAGUGCCAUUAGAAACCAAUUUGGAAAAGGAUACAAAAGUCGUCCAACACGAACAGAAGAAAUUCUUGCAGCAGCACAAAGUGCGCAUGGAAUCGUUUCAGAAGGCCGUCACAACGAUGAAGAAGCAGCGCAAAAAAAAAGCUAGUCCCGAAAAUACGGAAAAGGAAUUAAGGUCCUUGCAAAUCUUGGAAGACCAAAAGAAAAAAUUGGAUGCAUUUUGCGAGCAAAGCUAUAAAAAUGCCAUGACUCAAGAACGACGUCGUUAUGGUUUCGUUUUGGAGCGCCAAUGUUCGAUAGCCAAACACUGGAUGGCCUAUCACAGCACCGGCAAACAGGUAAUCGAUAAUCAUUUGGAAAAUUGGCAAGACAUUGCGGCCUCUCGAGAGGUCUUGCCCAGCACCGUGUACGAUGGUAAUUCGCUGUUGGUCGGCAAUAAAAGAUUGGAACGUCUUAAGGAUGCCGAAGAUUCCCAUGCCAAUGGCUCGUCAUCGAAUUUAUUGAAGAAGUCACGCAGUGUUGAUGCUCCGUUCGGAGAUAUGCGCAGUUUGCACGAGACUCACGUACCGUUCACACAGAACUCUUUGCCACGUGCCAAAUCCGAUUUCAAUUUGAACAGUUCGGCCAAUUCGAAUGGUGGCAGUGCCAAUAUGCAGGGUAAUGACCACACCGACAAUGGCCACUGGGACCAGCGUACUGUGGUCAAGGCCCUCUAUGCCUACAUGCCCUCGGGUGAGAAUCAAUUACCCUUCGAAGAAGGCGAUCGCAUUGCCCUGGUGGGAAGCAAGGCCAAAGGUUGGCAAUUCGGUGAGAAUUUGCGUACCCAAAUGUUCGGUUGGUUCCCCAUAGCCUACACGAAUGCCGAACUGAUGUUGGAGAGCAAAAUGAAAAUGGACCGAGAUCAACAGCAUGGCGGUCGGUCAGAACGUUUUGAGAAUAUGCACUACGAACGUCAUGGUGGUGGUGGCAAUGGCGCCCAAUCAUUGCGCAAUAGUUAUCACGAAUCGUAUGGCAUGGAUUCGCAACAGGAAAUGGACAGUGAUGCCACCUAUCGUCGUCCCGAGCGGGCCGAGGAAUCAUCACCGACUCGAAUGUUUGGUGAUACCUACAGGAAUCAGAAGAAGUAUCGCCCCUCGGCAGCCGGCAAUCCCCGUCCCGGGCCACCACCCACACUGCCCGCCCCCGUACCCUCGGCCUCGAAUGGCGGUCGCAUGCUGAAUUCAUCACAAAGUUUUUGUGCUCCCAAUGGCAGCCAGAUGGCCAUUGAGAGACGCAAACAGAAAUUACAAAACGGCAAUCAAAUGAAUCAUCAAUCAUCCAUGAAUCAAAUGAAACCAGCUGCUGCUGCCAAAACAUCCCUGCACAGCAGCAAUGACAGUGGCUUUGCCAAUGAGCCACCACCACAGCCGGAAGUGGAUUAUUCCGAUGAUGAUCAGCCAACUAGUCGAGUACCCAUACGACGUCGCGCCGACACAAACUCACACAUUUCGACUAAUCGUGAGGUGGCCUCUUGGACUUUGAAUCGCAAUUUCCGCAGCAGCAUUGAUAGUCAAAUCGAUGAUCGCAGUUUGAAGACCCUGAAUCGCAAUUCGAUGGGAAAAAUGCGCUACGAUUUAAUUGCAAGUGACGAUGAAAUCUUGCAGGCCUCUUCGGGUGGCAUAAAACGCACAAAAUCUUUUUGGAAAUUCGGUGGAGGACGCCACGAGGAUAUUUUGGCUGGCAUGUCACUGUGGCAACAUCGUGAUUUGGUGGCCACACCCAAUGUUGAUGAGUUACGCGAUGAGGGUUAUCGCACCACCAGCAGUAAAAUGGAAAGUGAAAAGGAAAUGGACAACAAUGAUGGCACUCUGACUCUGACAAAAAACAAUUCGAAUCCCUCAAAUAGCUCCUCCCAUGAGAAGGCAGCUGGUAGGGUACGCAAAGAGAGUAUUACCAGCAUGGAGAUGUAUGAUGACGAUGAAAACAUCUAUGGUCUUACGCCCAUGGUUAGGGAGCCCAUGCUAAAUCGUAGUGUGGUGAAUAACAACUUUACGCCCAAGUCAAGAAUGAAAAUUAUGAAAACCAUUGAAAUUGACAUUGAAAAUCCGGGAGAAAAUGAACGGCUCAGUACCAUAAAACGAAAUCAAAAGGAAUAUCGUGAAUCGAUGAAUAAUCGCCAAUCCAUGAAUGAAUCGUCAAAACAGAAACAACAAAAUACCAUGAAUAAUCGCAAUUCCAUGGGAACGGGUGGCAACGCCAAGAAUAAAAUCACUGGAAAUGGUCAACAAAACAAGUCGGCCAAUUCAUCCAGUCAGAAUCGCAACAACAACAAUCAACAGGACAUGUUUCAUUCCACCGAGAGUGAGGCGGGAGAGAGUGAAUUGGAUAACGGUACCUUGAAGAUGAGUGAUGUCAAUAACUUUUUCGACAACAAUGGCAACUCUAUGGGCGUCGGCGUUGGUGGUGGCGGCGGCAUUAUUAUGAAAACCGUUAAACGCAAAGACAUACUCAAGCAAUACUACACCAGUGAAGAUGAUUCCGAUGAUCCGGAAAUAAAGUCAACCAGUUCCGAUCCCUAUGAUUGCAUUGUCAUCAACGAUCAUCUGGUGCGUCGCGAUGAAAAGCAGCGUCGAGCCAUGCAUGCCGCCCUACAGCAGGAACAUCAAAUGGAAUUUCAAACGUUCAGAGCCACCACCACAUCUUCCUCGGCCACGGCGUCGGGAAAUCAAAUGUCAAAUAACGGCACCUCGAAAAAGAAAUCAGAAAGACAAUCAGAACGCGAAAGAGAUGCCGAACGGCAUCAACGUUCAUCGAAACAAUAUCAACAACAACAGCAACAGGAGAGUCAACAGGAAAAUCAAAUGCGUCAAUAUGACGAUAGCACUUUGCGGCGACAUCAAUCCCAGUCGGCCCUGUCCACACCCACAGCCACAAUAUUGCCACGCACCCGACUCAUGAAAUCAUCGAACAUGUCCAGCAUGACAUUGGAACGCAAUUCGACGAGCAGUGCUGCCCAAAAGGCCCUGCUCAACAGUGAGAGAUCGGCGGCAGCGAGUGGUAGUGGUGGUAUGGAUAAACACUACGGUAAAACCUAUGGGCCAUGGUAUGAUUUUUGGGAUCAACCGGAACAGAGCGUGAAGUCGUCGAAUAAAAUGAAGUAGAUGAGAGAGGAGAAGAACGCGUGGUUAUGGAUUUCUUUUCCGCAGAAAGUGAGGUUAAGGUAGUAAACAAAGGAGAAAAUAUUUUAAUGGGUUUUCAAAUCAUAGUUAUCGGUAAAAUUUUCUGUAGAAAAUGAUGUUAUCGACAACUGUUUCUAUUGAAAUUGUUGUUAUCGACAACGGUUUCUAUGAAAAAUGUUGUUAUCGACAACGAUAUCUAUAGAAAAUGUUGUUAUCGAUAACUUUUUUUUAUAAAAAAUCUUGUUAUCGACAAUGAUUUCCAUAGAAAAUGUUGUUAUCGACAACGAUUUUUAUAGAAAAUGUUGUUAUCGGCAACGAUUUCUUUAGAAAAUGUUGUUAUCGGCAACAAUUUCUAUAAAAAAUUAUGUUAUCGACAACGAUUUC